CUGCCUCUUUUUCUUCACAUAUCUCCAUUUACUUGCCUUUUCUCAUUCACCUUUUUCUUCUCCUUUCUCCUUUUCUAGUUCCCUUUUCGUGGUCUGAUUCUCUCCACUGUCGUUUUGUGGUCAUGAUUCCCGGUUUUUAUCAUUGUUACCUCAGCUCCCUCAGGUGGGGUAAUAGCCGCAGGUGUAGUGGUGAGGUGACGUCAUUAGCAGCGUAAUCGUGGUUCUUUUUUUCCUCUUUUUUGCUGCAUUUCUUUUUUUAUAUAACGGUUUUACUUUCAGGAUAUCUAACGCUAUAUUCUUGGCACUGACUCCGUAUUUUUUUUCUACAAAUAGCAUAGCUACUGAUACUAUUAAAUACAAGAACAAGACUGAGAAUAAUAGCAACAGUACUACUACAACUUCUACUCCUAAUUAUAAUGAUAAUAAUUACACAUCUCGCUUGCCGACAGAUACCAAAAAUGAUGAAGCAGGCGUUAAUAGUGGGCGUGGUUCUGCUGGGCCUCGCGAGCAGUUCGUGGGCGGAGACGGUGCACUCGACCGACAACGCCUUGUACGAGGGCGCCCUUGAACUCGCAAGAACCUCCACCGUCUACAGCUUCAACUUCAAGAACCUUGUUGUGUACAUGAUCAUAGCGUUCGUGCUCAUGGUGGGUCUCACGGGCAUCAGGACCGGCCUGGGCUUCAUCGGGCGCAGCGCAGAAGAGUCUUUCUUCGACAAGAGCGACUUGCUCUACCUGACGACGUACUUGGUGAGCGACGGCAUCGAGCGCUACGACUGCCUCAACCGCCUGGCCUGUCUGGAUGACCGGAAGGCCGAGCGGUUACUUACCACUUCCAAAAUGAUGAUCAACGGUGCCAAGUACCUCCAGCCGGUAUUUGGAUACUCGCUGGAAAAGUACGAAACGAUCUCAGACGGUGUUUUCGACGCUAUCAUGUUCCGCCAAGAGGGAGGUUCGUGUGACAGCCGAUACACGUGCCCCGCCAUGCCCAGCUUGUAAAACGAACUCUCCCUCACUCCUAGACGCCAGUUCCUCCUCAUUCGAACUUGGACAGGCCUUUUCCACGUCGGCUCGAAGCUCCAGGUCGCACAGGUGGCGACGGAGAUAUAUCCUCACGUAGCUGAGGUAUACUGUAGGUUUAGGAUAUAUCCUUCUAUUUCUUUUCUACACUUGAUGAUCACGUAGCACUAUUUCCACGUGUCACACCUUCAUGCACGUUUUGGCCAGUCUUUCUCCCAGUUUUGAACAUCUUUGUGUUUCAAAACUGUUAUAUUUAAGUUUCCUUUUUUACUGUAUCUCACCACCGCAACAUUUCCCCCCAUAUUCUCUUCGUGUGAGAUUUCCCAAUGCAUCCAUUUAGCCAUUUGCUCAGAUGUACAAAGUGUAAUUCCCUCCCGGUGUAAAAGACCUUUACUUUAUAUUGAGUCUUAUAAUCAUUUAUGUUUGUAUCGUUGAUGUAGUCCUUGUACUAAUGCAUCAUGGCCGCUGGUUCGUUCCUGGUGUAUUGGCAAGUCCGAAGCAUUAUGCAAUACCUCUUCUCAUGCCAGUAAUUCAUAUGUUCUGUAAGGAUCGAAUUCUCUUUGUUGUUGAUUUUUGUCGUUUUAUCAAUUUAUACAAGUGUACAUAUUUGUUAUAUUUAUUUAUCAACCUGAACAAAUAAAACACACAAUUCUG